CCCGGCGCGGUGAUGUCAUGGGAUCCGCGGCUCGGCGAGAUGAAAGGGAUCCAGCGCGGCCCGCUGGCACCAGGCGCAGCUUCCAGCGCGCAAUCAGGGCGCAGCGUGGGGACCCGAGCGCUGCGGUCCCGCCACUCAGCCCGGGCUGGGGGCACCGCCGGGCCAACUGGGUGCAAGAAAAAAGGAGGAAAGCAACGUGAUCCGGGUCAAACAAAAGAAUCCGAGGACGGGGAGGGGGGAGGGCGACUACCUGCUGAAAGGAGCGUUCCAAGAGCCCUGCGCGCACACAGGCAAACUUGGCCUGCCUUUGAUGUGCUGCAACUGAUCACCGAUCAGAUUACGGGCAUUUCAUCUCGCUGCUCGUCUGCCUUUGAUCUGCAGGGUUCUUCUUCUUCUCCUGGAUUGGAAGAUUCGUCUGGGCUUGCGCUGACAUACAUUUUGGGGAAGGUAGAGCUUUUGGCUCAGAAGCGCUGCCAGGGAGAAGCUCAGCUGCCGAAAAGGAGCUCUUCAACCAGAAAUACAUUUAACGAGAGCAAUGGCUUUCAAAGUGCUACUAGAACAACAGAAAGCAUUUUGCACGGUUGUAGUUUUACUAGCCUGUUUGGCAUGUAGAGUGAUCUGUGAAACAGGAGACUGUGGACAACAGGAAUUCAGGAAUCAGUCAGGAAACUGUGUUCUCUGCAAGCAGUGUGGGCCAGGCAUGGAGUUGUCCAAGGAAUGUGGCUUUGGCUACGGGGAGGAUGCCCAGUGUGUGAGGUGCUGGCCGCACAGGUUCAAGGAGGACUGGGGCUUUCAGAAGUGCAAGCCGUGCCUGGACUGCGCCCUGCUGAGCCGCCUCCAGAAGGCCAACUGCUCUGCCACCCGCGACGCCAUCUGUGGGGACUGCCUGCCCGGAUUUUACAGGAAGACCAAACUUGUUGGUUUUCAAGACAUGGAGUGUGUGCCUUGCGGAGACCCGCCGCCCCCCUACGAGCCACACUGUACCAGCAAGGUCAACCUGGUGAGGAUCCCGUCCACGGCCUCCAGCCCACGGGACACGGCCCUGGCUGCCGUGAUCUGCAGCGCCCUGGCCACCGUCCUGCUGGCCCUGCUCAUCCUCUGCGUCAUAUACUGUAAGCGGCAGUUUAUGGAGAAGAAACCCAGCUGGUCCCUGAGGGCACAGGACCUGCAGUACAACGGUUCUGAACUGUCCUGUUUCGACAGACCUCGGCUCAGCGGCCCUGCGCCCCACGCCUGUUGUCAGUGCCACCGGGACUCGGCCCAGACCUGCGGGCCCGUGCAUCUCAUCCCAUCCCCGUGCUGUGACGGGGCCUGCAGCGUCGGCCGGGAGACUCCUGCUUGUAGGGUGCACUCCAAGGCCAUUCUUCAGGACAGAGACACAGGUCCAGCGGGGGAAGCAGUGCCGACUUUCUUUGGGUCCCUUUCGAGGUCCGUCUGUGGCGAGUUUUCGGACGCCUGGCCUCUGAUGCAGAAUCCCAGCUGUGGUGACGACAUCUCUUCUUGCGCUUCUUAUCCUGAGCUCCCUGGAGAAGACGUUCGCUCUCUCAAUCCAGAGAGUGCAAGUUCAGCAUCCUUAGACUCAAACAGUAGUCGGGGUCUGGGGGGCGGAGCAGUUCCAAUUCAAGCUCACCCUGAAAGCUUUACAGAAACUACUGAUUUAUCGAGACUCAACAACUCAGUGCCAGAACCAGCGCUAACUCAGGACGCGCUCACUGCCAGAAAUCAGCUGGCUCAGGAGAGAGGAGAUGCCCAUCACCUGGCCACUCAGCCGUCACCCCAGGAGGCCGAAAGGACUUGCUUCUUUCUGCAGUGAAGUGUCGUAUGGAGCCCAAAGGGCAACCACUCCUCUGCUUAUGGACUCAGCACCGUCUGGACCUCGCAUGGCUUCUGGGGGAAGAAGGUAAAUCUGAACCACACUGAUGGCAUUUUAAGCCUUUCAACCGGUUGCUUCUGAGCCAGACCAGCUGUAAGCUGAGACCUCAAGGAAUACACUCCAGGCACUUCUGAGACUUUGCAUCUUUCCUACACAAGAAGCUUCUACGCUACAGGCUGACUUCAGAGACUGACGGGCCAAGUUUGCAGCCACCGAGCUUAGGGAUAUAACGAGAAACAGAAACGCAUUCACGCUUCUUUUCACGGUGGAGGUGGUUUGCCAAGACUGAAGACCCUGAGUAUAAAUUUUCAUUUACAUUUUCUUUCCAGAAAUAAUUUCAUAUAUCCUACUAAAAGUCGGCAUCAGACGAGUUACCUUAGUUCUUAGGUAGCAUGGGUUCAAAAGGGAGUGUUUUUAUUUCCUGAAGGUCACCUUUUCAUCUUCUAAAUAAUUAGCAUAGGAGGUUAGAAUUGACUUCACAUGGCCUGCCUGAGUCUUGGGUUUAUUAGAUGAUGUUAACUGUCCUAACUGGGAAUCAGAAGAGACCAAAUCUUGCAGAAUUGAAGCUUCUCGCCUCAGCCACUGUCUUGUGAACAGCGGCUGAAUUAGUUAACAAGAGGGGCCUGAGUUAGGACAUGUGUUUGGGAAAGGACUGCCCAUCCCUCUGAGUUAAAAACCCCUUUGCGUGCGCAUCCUAGAUUAGCAGAUUUAUGUGAAAAUCCAUUGAUACGGAAGCAUUUGUUACUUCUGUCCCUGGGACUGAGCUUAAAAGAUCCAGAAUUUCUCUUUUAUAGAGAAUCGGUAUUUAUAAUGAUCUUUUAUUUGCAUCGUAUUUUAUAUUAAAGGCUUUAGAAAUGACAACAUAUCAGGUUUCCCUGCUACUGAAGCAUGACACCAGGUGAGUAGUCUUAGGAGACUCUGCAUAUUAGGACCAGAAGAAAAAGCACAGCUUGUAGGCAGCAUUUAGGUGAAUGGAUUAUAACUGCCAUACGGGGCUCCCACCAAUCUCCUAAGCUUCUUCAGCACAGGAAUUCCCACCGUAGCCCAACGGCGCUGGACUUAAGAGUCUGGUGCUUCUGUGAAGGCGGUCCAUCCCCUACCACCUUGCUAUUUACCUACUAGAAUUAGCUCUAGAGCUGAGACAGAAAUAACCCCGCUCAGUCAUGAACCAGGGGAUGGCUCGUUGGCUCGCCUCUGCGCCCUGGAGAGGAAUUAUUUGAGCAGAAUUUAUUUUUUUCCUGCUUGAACGUACGUGAUCAGCUCUGGCUGUUGUCUUUUAAGUGAUUACUAUUAGCUCUGUCCCAUUUGCACUUAAAAAAGAAAUAGACCUUUGAACAUCCCUGUGUUACAGAAUGCUGAGAUAUUUUGUUUCCAAAUCAGUCUUCUACCUGACAUUUAAAGUGAGCAUUAGAGGGUAUUCCUGGGCAGUCCAGUGGUUAGGAUUCAGCACUUUCGCUGCCGAGGGCCUGGGUUCAAUCCCUGGUCAGGGAAUUAAGAUCCCGCAAUAGAAAUCUGCCUUUUCCAAGGACAUUUUUAUCUUCCCUCUUACUGCCCCGUGCUUUGCUCUCUUGCAGUAGUGAGCUCUCACGAGGCCUUUUCCUCGUGCUGGGACUCUCCCUCCAUCUGCAGCUCAGGAUCCCUGUGCGGACAUGAGCUCACGGUAUGUCGUGCACGUGACCUCCGUGCCUUUGACUGAAAUGGGAAAUUAGAGGGUCUCAUGGUAAGGCACAGCCUUUCCUGUCUACCUGGUGUCCAGUCAUAGUUGAUUGACUUUCUUUUUUCUCUUCCUUUUUUAGCCUAAACCAGUGGUUCCUAAGCUCUGGUACUCACCAACUCUUCUGAGACUUGCCCUUAGGAAAUAUAUGUAAGGUAUUUAGGACCUGAUCACAAGAGGUCCACGAAAAUGCAAGUUUCACUGUAAGUCACAUGUGUGCCGUUCGUAGUUUGUAAUCCGAUCACUUUUGUGGUGACAGAGGGGUGAUCCAAGUAGGCCAGGGCUGUGCUCCUUUUUGUAACCCGAGUAUAUUUUCCACACGUAGAGCCCUCUUCAACUUCAAAGGCAAAAACCCUUGCAGGAGAAAGCUGAGAUUGAUGGGAAUGAGACUUUGGCCACAAAUCCUGAAACAUCACUUUUGACCAAUAGAGAAACACUUAGGGUUAAAAAAUUGAUUUCAUUUGAUUCUGCAUUUGAAAAAUCCUGGAUUAUUUUGUUGUGGACCAUUUUUAAAGUCUUUGUUGAACUUGUUACCAUAUUGCUUCUGUUUUAUGUUUUGGGUUUUUUUUGACCCCAAGGCAUGUGGGAUCUUAGCUCCCUGACCAGGGAUCGAACCCACACCUCCUGAAUUGUAAGGCGAAGUCGUAACCACUGGACCGCCAGGGAAGUCCCGAUCCUCGGUUAUUUUUAUCCAGAGGAAGACAGUUUACUACCAUGUGCUAUGGAAGCAUACAAUGAUGUUAUAGUCUGCACUCUUUGUCAAUGCUGUAGAGGACAAUCCAGUUGGCAUUUCAUGUCAAUAUCCUGCAGAACUCAGCUGCUAGGGUGCUGAUGCCAGGAACCGCCAUCAGCUAAUAACAGGGCUGGGAGUGCGGGUGCUCGAGACUUCGGCACUGCAGACGCUCACUGACAAGGAUGAGAUCAGGGUUGGAGAACAAGCACAUAAAGGCGUGGGGUUUUCUAAUCUUGUAUGUAUGGAAUGUAUUUUUCAAAUGUAGAUUUUUCUACUUUAGUUAAAGUGUUAAUGUUGCCGUAUCCUAGGUUAAGCACUAUUGUCUGUGCUAGUAAAAAAAAAAAUAGAAAAGGAAAAACUAUCCAUCAUUGCUUUAAGGCAGUCAGCUUGCAUCAGUUUAGACCCCAUCAUGACUGUUUUGCAUACUGGAAUUGAUACAUUUGUAAAUGUUGGUUUUCUUACAUAACUAGUUUUGUAAGACCUUUUUUUUUAUUUGUGAAUAAAAUUGUUACCUGGUA